UCACCGGAGAGAACCAACCCAACCCAAGCUUCUGCUCUCAGCAAGUGAAGCAUAAAACCCUUCUCUCCAUCUCUCUCUCUCUCUCUCUCUCUCUCUCUGUGUGAAGACCAAGAAAGUUGUAAGUAGUUUUUAGCUUGGAGAUUUGAUGGCGUCCAAGCUGGUUCAAUUGCAAUCCAAGGCUGCUCAGGCUUCACAGUUUGUGGCCAAGCAUGGAGGUGCCUACUACAGGCAGUUAUUGGAGCAAAACAAGCAGUACAUUCAAGAGCCACCCACCGUCGAGAAAUGCAAUCUUUUGUCAAAACAAUUGUUCUAUACUCGCCUUGCCAGUACUCGUGGGCGCCAGGAAGCAUUCUGGAAGGAGCUUGAUUAUAUCAAGCAUCUAUGGAAGAACAGGCAGGAACUCAAGGUUGAGGAUGCUGGCAUUGCUGCCUUGUUUGGGCUAGAAUGCUUUGCCUGGUACUGUGCUGGUGAGAUUGUAGGUCGAGGAUUUACAUUCACGGGCUACUAUGUUUAAAUGCUGCAUCAGGAAGACUGCUUUUGAAGUUGAUUUGAUUGAGCUACUCAUCGUUUAAUUUUAUGUUUGAAUUGCCAUCAAGGGACAAUAACAUACAUGUUAAAAUAUUAUACUCUGGGAUUUAUGGCAAUUGUGUAGACGAACAAAGUCAUUAGCAUCAAUAAUCUCUUCCAAUAUCAUGUUUUCGUCUAUCCUUUCUGUUUUUCCUUCCAAUGAGCCCUAUUAUAAGCUACAUCAUGGAUAAUGUUCUUCUACCCUUCUGCUA